GAUGGCGGCCUCGGUGCAGCUCCUCCGCGGCUGAUGUUUUUAAGUCUUUCUGAACGCUUUUAUACUUUUUUCUGAUUUUAUUUGAGACUCGUCCGCGGCCGGCGGGUCUGUGGGUCAGUACCGAAGCCUCCGCCACCCCAUCCCCGCUCCGCCCGGGCUCCACCACCGUGCUAAUGAAGCGGCAGGCCGGGAGGGAGAGCAGCCCGUCCAGGGCUGCCGCCAAGCGGCUCCGGGAGCGAGAGGGCGCCCGGCGGGAGGAGCUGCCUCCGCCGCCGCCGCCGCCGCUGGCCCUGCUGCUGGCGGAGAGCCACCGCUACCACCGCCGGAGCCGCAGCAGGGAGCGGGAGAAGCCGCGGCUGCGGGACGAGCGAGCGGCGGCCGCCGCGCUGGAGCUGCACCACCGGCACGAGCUGAGCCUGCUGGGCCGGCCGCCGCUGCGGACCUCCGCCGCGCCGGAGCUGGCCGCCGCGCGGCCCGGCACGCUGGAGUACAAGACGCUGCUCAUCAGCAACCUGGGCUCGCAGGUGUCGGACGAGGACGUGGAGGACGCGCUGUUCCACGAGUUCAAGAAGUUCGGGGACGUGAGCGUGAAGCUGUCGCACACGCCGGAGCUCGGCCGCAUCGCGUACGUCAACUUUCGGCACCCGGAGGACGCCAAGGAGGCCCGGCACGCCAAGGCGGCGCGCCUGCUGCUGGGGGAGCGCCAGCUCAAGAUCGAGCCCAUGUACGUGAGGAGGCGCAGCGUCACCCCGCCGGAAGUGGGCUUCCUGCCGCUGCACGCCCCCUACCCGUACCGGCAGCGCUCCCUGUCCCCCCCGGGCCCCGCGGUGAGCAACAUGCGGGAGCUGCGGGCCCGGCACUACGCCCUGGAGACACUGGGCCUGAGCCGGGAGCGGGAGAGGCUGCUGGAGUACUACGGCAUGCUGGACGAGCGGGGGCGGCCCUACGGCUUCCCCCCCAUGCCCGUGGUGGAGGACCUGAAGCCCGAGGACGACCAGCGCGCCACCAGCAACCUGUUCAUCGGCAACCUGGACGGCAGCGUGACGGAGGGCGAGCUGCGGCGCGGCUUCGACAAGUACGGCGUCAUCGAGGACGUGGUGAUCAAGCGGCCGGCGCGCGGCCAGGGCGGCGCCUACGCCUUCGUCAAGUUCCAGAACCUGGACAUGGCCCACCGGGCCAAGGUGGCCAUGCAGGGCCGGCUCAUCGGGGGCAACCCCAUCAAGAUCGGCUACGGCAAGGCCAACCCCACCACCCGGCUGUGGGUGGGGGGUCUGGGCCCGGGGAACUCGCUGGCCGCGCUGGCCCGGGAGUUCGACCGCUUCGGCAGCAUCCGGAACAUCGACUACGUGAAGGGGGACAGCUUCGCCUACAUCCAGUACGAGAGUCUGGACGCCGCCCAGGCCGCCUGCACGCAGAUGAGGGGCUUCCCGCUGGGGGGGCCGGAGCGCCGCCUGCGGGUGGACUUCGCCAAGGUGGAGGAGAGCCCGUCCCGCCUGUUCCCCCCCGCCUACCAGCCCCCCGUUGCCCUGCCCGCCCACUACGACCUGCUGGGCGAGGCCUACAGCCGCCACCGCAGCCUGGAGCGCGAGCUGCGGGCGGCGCGGGAGCGCUCGCCGCCGCCGCCGCACGGCCUUCUGGCCCAGCGAGAGCGGGAGCGGGCGCUGCUGGAGCGGGACUUCGCCUCCAGCCCCCCCCGCGGCCCGGAGCGGAGGCCCGGGGCGGUGGAGGCGUUCGGGCGCCGGGCGGCGAGGAGCCGCAGCCGGAGCCGAGAGCGCUGGCUGAAGGAGCGGGAGGAGAGGCGGGGCCGGAGGCGGAGCCGCAGCCGGAGCCGCAGCGCAUCCGCCGACCGCGCCGCCGAGGACCGCGACAAGGACCGCGGCCGGGCCAAAGUCCGGGCGCCGGGGGGCGCCGUGUCGCCCGACGCCAGCCCGGACCGGGCACGAGUCCGAGCCCCCGACUCGACCACCGAACCCCGGGACCACUCCCCUGACAGCGGCGGCCGCCACCCCGCCACUGCCGCCGCCUGCGAGGACGACGCCCCUUCUGCCCGCCACUACGGCAAGAGGCCGCCUGGCGAGCCGCCCGGCAGCAACAACCACGUCCAGCGGAGCGCCGAGGCCCCGGCCGGCUCCCCCGCGCUGCACGCCUCGCCGCCGCCCGCCUCGCUGUCGGAGUUCGCCCAGACGGCGCUGUCCAAGUCGUGGCACGGCUUCUUCGCCCUGAAGAACAGCAGCUUCCCCACCGAGCUGUACCUCCUGCAGGGCGGCGCCGCCUUCUUCGGCGCCGUGAUGCGGGACGGCCCGAAGCCGCCCGGCCAGCUGAAGAUCGCCCAGCGGCUGCGCAUGGACCAGACGCGGCUGGACGAGGUGGCGCGCCGCAUCAAGCUGGGCGCGCCCGACGGCUUCGCCAUCCUGCUGGCGCUGCAGGGCCCCGUGGACCGCCGCGCGCCCGGCCCCGAGCCCGGCCUGCAGGUGCGCCUGCUGCGCCACCUCGUCACCUACCUGCGCAACAAGGAGGCGGCCGGCGUGGUGAGCCUGCCCGCCGCCCAGGAGGGCGGGCCGGGCGCCAUGCUGUACGCCUUCCCGCCGGGAGACUUCUCCCAGCAGUACCUGCAGGCCGCCAAGAGGACCGUGGGAAACCUGGAGGAGGAGCACAUGGUCGUCGUCAUCGUCAACGACACUAACUGACAGACUCGCCGGACGGACGGCGCCCGCGGACACGCACACGGCAGGCCGCCGCCGCCGCCAUCUUUGUUUUUACUGAUGUUGAUUUUCUGUUUAUUUCUUUCACACUACGUCUCGUCUGCUGCUCGGCUCAGGACCCCACGCCGCGCUCAGCAUCACCACACACACACACACACACACACACACACAGACAGAGACACACUCGCACUAAAUCAACACUAAGCUAGCAGAUUGUAAUCACACUACUCUUACUCCGGCACGUUCUGUGAACAUUUCUGAAUCUGCUCGGAACGGCAGUUUGGCUUCCUGGUGAACGUUUGACGUCCGUCUGUUGAAGACUGAAGACUCUCGACUCACUACAAGAACGGUCUGACCCGGAACCCGGCGGUCCUGCAGGUUCUCCGCCUCACUACACUGCGGACCUGCUCCACGGCCCGGGGCCGGCUCCGCUCCAGGUCCAGGAGGGUCCAGGUUAGCUUCAUGUCGGGUUCCUUUCAGAUUAAAAGCCUGAAGCUGGUCCAUACUGUGUGAUGCUGAGCGUGGCGCGAGCUCCUGUGAGGAUGGAACGUCAACUUCCUGUGUUGGUCGUCCACUUCCUAUUUGUUGUCCACUUCCUGUGCGGUGGUCACUUCCUGUGCGGAAACACUAAGACGUGACGUGGAGCUGCUCUGGUUUUCUAUGUUUGUCUUUUAUACGAACUGUUUCUUCUCCACAGUUUUUUAUACCGUUUGUUUUUCUGGUGAAGCACCGCCGUCCCUCCUGACCUUUGACCCUCUGACCUCUGUCCUGACCAGUGUCCCUCCUUGACCUCUGACCUCUAGACAUUUGAGUGUGUUCAUGGUUAUAGAAGCAUUCCACUCUUAUUCUGAAAGGUUGUUCAGUGCGAUGUUGCAUGAAGAAAAGAAACUUUAUUUUGUUGUUUGAAACGAUAAAAAGAAAAAUGU